AUGAAGAAAAAUUUAAAAUACAGCGAAGAAAAUCCAUUCUUUAAAAAAUCUGUUCAUAUCUAUCUAUCUAUCUAUCUAUCUAUCUAUCUAUCUAUCUAUUUAUCUGCCUGUGUGUCUGUCUGCAUAUCUAUUUCUUCUCUUCAUAUCUAUCUUUCUAUCUAUCUGCCUGUCUGUCUGCAUAUCUAUUUCUGUUUAUAUAACUUUCCCUUUCUUUAUCUAUCGCCCUCAAUUCAUAUCUAUCUAUCUAUCUAUCUAUCUAUCUAUCUAUCUAUCUAUCUAUCUAUCUAUCGCAAUCAGUUCAUUAUCUAUCUAUCUAUCUAUCUAUCUAUCUAUCUAUCUAUCUAUCUAUCUAUCGCAAUCAGUUCAUUAUCUAUCUAUCUAUCUAUCUAUCUAUCUAAACCUACACAACUUCGCAAAUUGAUACGUAUUAAUAAGGCAGCAACAAAUCUUCCUCCCACCAAAUCUGUUCAGAUCGAUCUACUGCAGUUUGUUCAUAUCUAUCUAUCUAUCUAUCUAUCUAUCUAUCUAUCUAUCUAUCUAUCAUAUCUAUCUAUCUCAUUCUGUUCAUAUCUAUCUAUCUCAUUCUAUCUCAGUCUGUUAUCGAUCUACUCAGUUUGUUCUAUCUAUCUAUCUAUCUAUCUAUCUAUCUACCUCAUUCUGUUCAGAUCGAUCUAUCUCAUUCUGUUCAUCUCUAUCUCUCAUUCUGUUCUAUCUAUCUAUCUAUCUACCUCAGUCUGUUCAGAUAUCUCUAGUUCGUUCAUCUAUCUAUCUAUCUAUCUCUAUCUAUAUCUAUCUAUCUAUCUAUCUAUCUAUCUAUCUCAGCUUAUGCACAUCUAUCUAUCUAUCUAUCUAUCUAUCUAUCUAUCUAUCUAUCUAUCUUAUAUGGCAGUCUCUUCAUAUCUAUCGCAGUUUAAAUAUCUAUCUAUCUAUAUCUAUCUAUAUAUUUAA